GCUCGAGCGGGACUCGGGAGGGAAAGGUUAGGUCAGUUGAUACUUUGACAGUAAUAAACCGACGCGAGGGAAGAUAUUCGCCGUGCUCAAGCCUCUGUCUCACUCGUUCUAACAUAUCGGAGAGAAAAAUAAGGCCUCGUACCGCUUCAAAGUCAUAUUAAUCUGCGGCGGUUGUCGCGAAGCGGAGCUUUUUUACGACAAGGUUAUGUAAAAUCUAUCCUGUGGCGCCAGCAUCUACGGCGCGGACGUGACGUAUCGAGGAAUCGAGAUCACUUGUUCACGGUAAUCAGAGUCGGGAUGUGUAUCUUCGCUGGUUGAUAUCGUACCUUCCGUACUCUACACGUACGUUUUGUGUUUAAAACAUACAAACGCGUAGUUCGUAACACCGUUCAAGAUACCGGUUAGUUGUGGUUUUCACAGUAAACCCGAUGCCGGUGCUGUGUGAUUUCAACAAGUGCUGAAACUGUGCUGUUGGCCUAUGAAUUUUCAUCGCCGAUCGCAAAAGGGUGUGGAACUACGGGGUCUCUGGGACAAGUUAGCGGAAGAAUUCAGAAUUUUAUUUCUGUAAGACUGUAGUAUUAAAUGAGUUAGGGGCCUCUGGCGGCCCCGACAUAUUCAUAAUGGACACCGUAGACAGCGCCAGCAGACGCCAAGCUACUCGAGUCUUCAAAAAAUCAAGUCCAAAUGGGAAGAUUACUGUAUACCUUGGUAAAAGGGAUUUUGUUGACCAUAUCACACAUGUAGAUCCAAUAGACGGAGUUGUUUUAAUUGAUCCUGAUUAUGUCAAAGUGCGAAAGGUCUUUGGGCAUGUCCUUGCAGCAUUCAGGUAUGGCCGCGAAGACUUGGAUGUCUUGGGGCUGACGUUUCGGAAAGAUCUGUACUUGGCUGCGGAACCAAUUUUCCCAGUGCCACCUGGGUCGCAACCACCACGACCUUUAACGCGCCUCCAAGAAAGACUUAUAAAAAAACUGGGCCCAAAUGCAUUCCCAUUUUACUUUGAAUUACCUCCACAUUGUCCAGCAUCUGUAACUUUGCAACCUGCUCCAGGAGAUACUGGAAAACCUUGUGGGGUUGAUUACGAACUAAAAGCAUUUGUCGGUGAAACUCAAGAUGACAAACCUCAUAAGCGAAACUCAGUGAGACUUGCAAUUCGUAAAAUAAUGUACGCCCCAUCAAAACAAGGUGCCCAACCGUCAGUGGAAGUUAGCAAGGAAUUCAUGAUGUCGCCGAACAAGUUGCAUCUAGAAGCAACUCUUGACAAGGAGCUCUAUCAUCAUGGUGAAAAUAUUGCUGUUAAUGUGCACAUAGCAAAUAAUAGUAACAGAACAGUUAAAAAAAUAAAAGUAUCUGUACGACAGUUUGCGGAUAUUUGUCUGUUCUCAACAGCGCAGUACAAAUGUACUGUUGCCGAGGCAGAAAGCGAUAUAGGGGUAACGCCUGGCUUCACAUUGAGCAAGGUCUUUUCGCUAAAGCCGAUGCUAGCUGACAACAAGGAUAAACGGGGCCUUGCCUUAGAUGGCCAACUUAAACACGAGGACACCAAUCUCGCAUCUAGCACUAUGGAGGGUUGCCCAGUGGGGCCAGGUUUCACGCUGAGCAAAGUAUUUUGGUUGACUCCGCUUCUCGCCAACAACAAAGAUAAAUGGGGACUUGCUCUUGAUGGCCAGCUGAAACAUGAGGACACCAAUUUAGCGUCCAGCACGCUUGUAGCAGACCCAUCACAACGUGAGAAUCUAGGAAUUAUCGUUCAGUACAAAGUCAAAGUGAAACUUUGCUUAGGUCCGUUAGGCGGGGAAUUAGUCGCAGAGUUACCAUUCAUUUUGAUGCAUCCUAAACCAGAAGAAGAACCACCUGAUCCUGUGACAGCUAGGCCAAGUCCUGCACACCAACCUGCUGAUGGAGAAGUGCCUGUGGAUACUAAUCUUAUUCAGUUAGACGGAGAAAUGGAUACAGGCGACGAUGACAUUAUCUUUGAAGAUUUUGCUCGUUUAAGGCUCAAAGGGGAAACCGAUGCCUGACUUAGCCUACGUCGGCGUAAGCCACACACCGUAAAUAAGUGAGUAACGCUUGGGGAAUUACCAAGAGAGAUAAUA